CAUUGAGCAGAGAGCUUUCAUUGCUUUUAUCUACCACUACAACCCUCUCAACAGCCCACUUCUUUUCCUUUUAAUUGCACUCUCUCUUCCAAGAAAAGCAAGAAACACAAACAAGAUUUGGGUCUUGUAAUUAAUUUGCACAAAGUGAGAAUAAAUUGAUUGUGGGUCACUCUUCUUUUCUAAAUUAAAGCCAAAGUUUGCAUCUUUAUAUAUAAAUAUUCUCGUUUUUUGGAUGUACUCUGAGAAGAAGAAACAACAAUGAGGAGAAAUUGGUUAAUUUUACUCCUGAUUUUAGUUGUUUUCUUUGUUGGGUGCUCCUCAGCUUCAUCCUCUCCUCCUGCAAAAAUUGUUAGUGGGGUUGUCUCAAAAGUUGUUUCACUUCUACUUAGAUGGCUCUGGUCACUAACAUCUAACAAACCAACAGCUCUUUCUGGCCGCUCGAAGAUGAAAUUUGAAGGUGGUUACACUGUAGAGACUGUUUUCGAUGGAAGCAAACUUGGAAUUGAGCCUUACAGUGUAGAGGUUUCCCCAUCAGGGGACCUUCUGGUGUUGGAUUCUGCAAAUAGUAAUAUCUAUAAAAUCUCAACACCGUUGUCCCGAUAUAGCAGACCAAAGCUUGUAGCUGGCUCAUCUGAAGGUUACUCUGGCCAUGUGGAUGGAAAGCCAAGAGAAGCAAGAUUGAACCACCCAAAAGGGCAUACCAUUGAUGAGAGAGGAAAUAUUUAUGUUGCAGACACCACUAAUAUGGCAAUUAGGAAGAUCAGUGAUGCAGGGGUUGUGACGAUUGCAGGAGGGACAUUGUCUCGAGGGGGAGGUCAUGUUGAUGGUCCAAGUGAAGAUGCAAAAUUCUCAAAUGAUUUUGAUGUGGUUUAUGUUGGAAGCACUUGUUCUCUUUUGGUUGUUGACAGGGGAAAUCAAGCAAUUCGUGAGAUUCAACUCAAUGAUGAUGAGUGUUCCCAAAAGUAUGAUGGAGAUCUUAAUUUAGGCAUAGCAGUUCUUGCUGCAGCAGGAUUUUUCGGAUACAUGAUGGCUCUGUUACAACGUAGGCUUAUAGCCAUGUUUUCGUCCCCCGACUCCUACCAUGAACAUAGAGAUUCAUUAAAGGGUUUCCCUCCUGCACCAUAUCAGAAGCCUCCUGUAUCAGUUAGGCGUCCCUUAAUUCCAGCUGAACAUGAACAUGAACCCGAGAGAGAAGAAGGCUUUUUUGGUUCAUUACAUAAGCUUUUAAUAAACACCAGCUCGUCUGUAGUUGAACUCUUUGGAGGAUUAUUCUCAGGGUUUAGAAAACCAGUGCAUCCUGUCCAACAACAAUAUUACCAGCAAUUGAGCAGACAUGCUAACACUUGGCCCGUGCAAGAAAGCUUUGUCAUUCCAAAUGGAGAUGCACCACCUCCAUUAGAAAGAAGAGACCCAACUCCACGAAAAACCUACCAAUCUACUACAAAGGACAUGGAGAAAAGUCGGCAAUAUAAGCAAAACCAGUCUUUUUAUGGUGGGUGGAAUGGAGAUUUUCGUCAGCAACAACAGUUCCAGCAGCAUAUGCAACAGCAGCAGCAGCAGCUAUACCAACAUUUGCAGCAACAGCAACAUAAACAGAUUCAACAGCACCAUCAGAGACACCAGUCAUCUAGUCCUCAGACAUACUAUGAGCAAAACUGCGAGACAAAUGAGAUCGUAUUUGGAGCAGUCCAAGAACAUGAUGGGAGGCAUGAAGCUGUUGUCAUCAAGGCUCUCGACUAUGCAGAUCCUAAGAGCAGUAAUAUUCGAUCCCGGUAUAAUUAUACGGGUUACUCGUAUGGUUAUUGAUCUUUCUUGAAUCUACUUUCAAAAUGUAGUAUGAACUUGUACUAGGUAUAAAGAAACCAAUUUAGAACAUUAAGUUAGUAGCAAAAUUAUCUCCUUGCAGAGUCUCCUA